AUGGUGAUGGUGAUUUACAGCUCAGGAGACUGGGGCAACUACGAAGAGAAAAUGAUUCCUCCCCUAACACUGCCACUCUGGAAGGAUCCGGAGGCCGGCACAGACACGUACGUGGAAGGAAAGCAGGCGGGGACUGUGGCCGUGGAGGGGACCGGAAGGUCCGGCUCGGCCCCCUGGCAGGGGCUCCUGGUCCCAGAGCCUGGAAACCCCCGCCCGGAGGUACCGUCUGCACACGAGACACGCACGUACGAACAAAGGCGCUUUCCCUCGCUGGCCCUGUCUGCUAGGAGACAGAAUAGGAGCCGCCACGCUCUGAGGUGCCUGGAAGGUCAGGCCGAGAGGAGCCUCGAGACUUGCGGCCUGGAGCGGGACCGGAGGGAGGAGCAGGAAGCUGUGGCUGCUGGGCAUGAGUCUGGACUCCUGAGCGUCGCCAAGUCCCAGGAAGAAGCCUGCCAGCCACGAGUUGAGGGGCAGAGGCUGCCUCCUGGAUUUGAGGCCUCAGCACUGCGGGCUAGCAACGAACUCAGUAUUCACCUGGUCUCGUGGAGCCGUAAGUGCCCCACAGAUUGGCCACAACCCGAAUUCUGGACUGCCCAGCACUGGAAGAGGCUUCCAGACAGCAGGCUGCAGCGCACUGAAUGGAUCCAGCUGUUUAGUUUGUGAGAUCAAGGAGUAGGAAGGUUCUGAAGGAGUCCUCGACAGACGUCUCACUAAGCCCUGCACCUGGCUCUGGGGAUACUACAUUCCAGGCUCUCCCAGCUCAAGACUGACUGACAAAUCCUCGGGACUGGCCCUGUGUCCCUUACCCCUUGAGCCCCUGUGCCCAGAAACCCCAGCACAGUGGGUCCUUCCAAAGUGGUCGCAGAGUCAGAGUU